GGGCCGGGCUUCAGUACGGUGACGACGUCCAAAGAAUUGCCUUGUUCCAGGGGCUCUUCUAAUAUCUUUUGGGUUUAAAAAUACUUAAAAUAUAUGUUAUGCAGUUGCUCCGGUGGAUAGUUCCACUUUUGGUGAUUGGAGGAUGUUCCGCUAGUCCGCAGAAUGUACUACUACUAUUGGCUGAUGAUGCUGGCUUCGAAUCGGGCGCUUAUCUUAACAAAUUCUGCCAAACCCCUAAUCUGGAUGCAUUGGCCAAACGGGGAUUGCUGUUCAACAACGCCUUCACUUCGGUGAGCAGUUGCAGCCCCAGUCGGUCUCAGUUGCUCACUGGGCAGGCUAGUCACUCGAGUGGCAUGUACGGACUCCAUCAGGGCGUUCAUAACUUUAAUGUCUUGCCAGAGACCGGCUCACUACCCAAUUUAAUCCGUGACCAAAGUGGCGGUGGCAUCUUGAGCGGCAUAAUUGGCAAGAAACAUGUGGGGGCUGCUUCCAAUUUCCGUUUUGAUUUCGAGCAGACAGAGGAGCAGCAUUCAAUUAACCAGAUCGGAAGAAACAUUACCCGGAUGAAGGAGUACGCCAGACAGUUCCUCAAACAAGCUAAGGAUGAAAAGAAACCAUUCUUCCUGCUGGUCGGCUUCCAUGAUCCUCAUCGUUGUGGCCACAUCACCCCGCAGUUUGGAGAAUUCUGUGAGCGUUGGGGAAGUGGUGAGGAGGGAAUGGGUAGCAUUCCAGACUGGAAACCCAUCUACUAUGAUUGGCGCAAUUUGGAAGUGCCUGCUUGGUUGCCCGAUACGGAUGUAGUACGUCAGGAACUGGCUGCUCAGUACAUGACCAUCUCCAGGUUGGAUCAGGGAGUGGGUGUGAUGCUUAAGGAGCUAGAGGAGGCGGGUCUGGCAGAUCAGACUCUAGUGAUCUACACCUCUGAUAACGGACCACCAUUCCCCGGAGGAAGAACUAAUCUCUACGAGCACGGCAUUCGCUCUCCUUUGAUCGUCAGCUCGCCAAAGAAGGAGGAUCGCCACCACGAAACCACCGCAGCCAUGGUUAGUCUUCUGGAUAUAUACCCAAGUGUACUGGAUGCUCUUCAGAUUCCUAAGCCCAAUGAUACAAAGAUCGUUGGGAAAUCCAUACUCCCUGUACUAAGAGAGGAACCUCCAAUUAAGGAGAGCGAUGCAGUGUUUGGGAGCCACAGUUAUCAUGAGGUGACCAUGGCCUAUCCUAUGAGGAUGGUGCGGAAUAGGCGGUAUAAGCUUAUCCAUAACAUCAACUACUGGGCAGACUUUCCUAUCGACCAGGACUUCUAUACCUCACCCACUUUCCAGCAAAUACUGAAUGCCACAAUUAACAAGCAAUCCUUGCCGUGGUACCGAUCUUUACUACAAUACUACCAGAGACCAGAAUGGGAGCUAUACGACAUUAAGGUUGAUCCCUUGGAACGAUCUAAUUUGGCGGAGAAACCCAAGUACAAUGGUACUCUGAAACAGCUUCGCCAGCAGCUCUUCGAUUGGCAGGUGGCCACCAAGGAUCCCUGGCGAUGUGCUCCGCAUGCAGUUCUUCAGGAACAGGGCAUCUUCAAGGAUCAGCCAGCCUGUCUAACUUUGGGUCACGAAGCAUUGCAAUGGCCCAAGCGAAAGAUUCUCAGCCAGUAUGAGGAGUAUGUGGUUAUUUCUUAGGUCUGAUUAAGUAUUUGUUAGAUAGUGUUUGCUGUCUUAUCGCACAUUCAAUAAAAACACCUCAAAGUGCUGAUAACAUAAAAA